UGCUAGGUCUAAAAUUUAUUGGAGAAAUAAAUAUAGAGCCAGAUGUGUACAUUUCUGAAGUGUGCAAGGCAUGUCCAAAUUUACAAUGGCUAAGUUUUGAAAAUUGUGGGUCGCGCAUACUUAGCAAUGAAAAUCUGGAAGUACUUCUAGUUGAGUGUCCUAAUUUAAAAAGACUCACGAUAAGAGGUUCUAGGCAAAUAAGUCCAAAAGCAUUUUUUAAAAAUUCCAGAGCUGGCUCCUAG